AUGGCAGAGCAAGAGCCAUCUAGUCUGGCUGAACCCCAGAUCUCAGCGCAAGACCAAAGCUUACAAGCGGACUCACCAACGAAAAAGAUCAAACCACUUAAAAGAAAGAAGAAGAAGGUAGAGAUGGCUUGCGUAUACUGCAGACGGUCUCAUAUGAUUUGCGAUGACACAAGACCGUGCCAGCGAUGCAUAAAGAGAGGUAUAGGACAUCUUUGUUAUGAUGAGCCCUCAAACUCGAGACAGAGACAAAAAGUUGCAUCUAUGAAAAAGGGCGGUAGCACCUCCAACACCACUGGAGUAGUCGGUGGCUCGGGAAGCAUUGACGUUGGUCAACCUAUUUUAGCUCGAGUAGAUGAUGGUUUUUCACCUCAGCCUACGUCUCCUUCGAGUGGGGUCAAUACUCCAAGACAGUUAGCUAGAGUUUCAACGUCACAAUCUACACUCUUCCCUGAGAACCAAUCCUUGUCUCAGUAUAAGCAACAGCAGACUAUGCAUAACCAGAGUGCGUUUAUAUCGCCUCAAUUCCCAGUGCUGCAGCAACAGCAACUUCAACCACAGCAGCAACAACAACAGCCAAAGACCAACUCAGUGUUAUCUCAAACUCUCACGUAUAACCAAGAGCCAUUCUUUUACUCGGAGCACGCAGGAAGUGAAUUUAGUUCCUUGAACGAUUUCCUUUCCAUGAUUGAUGACCCUGAGUUGGUGAAUGGCAGUCUAAACGAUGCUGGGGGUGAUCCUCUACUUCAAUUUGGAAUGGGCUCUCGUAUGAAUAUGAACAACAAUAAUAAUAACAAUAACCAGCUAGAGAUAGGUGGAGGUUCCUCUACUGCUGCGAACAUUGGAAACGAAAACAGCAACAGUCUCUCGAACAUACUAGCGUACUCACCAGGUGGUGCUUCUGUGUUCCCCCAAUCCUUGAACGAAACAAAGAUCCAGGACAGCUUGAACCAACCACAGCAGCAGAUUCCGUACAUUGAUCAACUGCAACAACAACAGCAACUUCAACAACAGGAGCAACAGCAACAACAGCAACAACAACCACAACAACAACAAGUUCAAUCCCAAACAGGGAGCUCCGGUCCUCAAUCGGUACACACCUCUCUCUAUUCAUACUCAAAAGCUCCGUAUGGCGCCUCCAACGUAUCUAACGCCAAUAUCAACAAUAAUAAUAAGACCAAUAAUGACAAUACUAAUGACUCACAGGCCUCUUCACACCAACCAGUGAUAUCUGAUUCAGCUAGGGAUAAGUUCUUCCUUACGGCCGCAGAUCCCACUACAGAAAUAUCACCUGAGGAGAGAUUGAAACAAGUUAUUAAAGCCAAACUUGACGCUGGGCUUUUACAGCCAUAUAAUUACGCUAAGGGUUAUGCCAGGCUUCAAAGCUACAUGGAUAAUUACAUGAAUGUUUCUUCCAGGCAAAGAAUCUUGAAGCCGCUACAAAUCUUCCGCCCUGCUUUCAGAGCAAUUGCCAGGACCUUGAAAGAUGUGGAUUUAGUACUUGUAGAAGAAAGCUUUGAGAGAAUGUUACUAGAUUAUGAUAGAGUUUUCACGUCAAUGGCGAUACCUGCGUGCCUCUGGAGACGUACUGGAGAGAUAUAUAGAGGUAAUAAGGAAUUUGCUCUGUUGGUUGGAGUUUCGACUGAUGAUUUGAAGGACGGGAAGUUGGCUAUUUAUGAAUUAAUGAGUGAAGACAGUGCGGUGAACUUUUGGGAGAAGUAUGGUGCCAUUGCCUUCGACAAGGGUCAAAAGGCCGUGCUAACAAGUUGUAACUUGAGAACAAAAGACGGAAUUAAAAGGAAAAGUUGCUGCUUCAGUUUCACUAUCAGAAGAGAUAGGUAUAAUAUUCCCAGUUGCAUAGUUGGAAAUUUCAUUCCAAUUGACCCUACGAACUAA